GGAGAGUAGUUAAGAAGUGCUACCCCAAACUCGUAUAAAAUCAGUUAACUGCCGGCACUGGAGCAAGCCACUUGCUUAGCUCAACUUACUUUUUUUUGUCAAAUCGCGCCCUUAUAAUAUAUAAUAUAUAGAAAAGAGAGUGUGAAGAUGUCGAUGCACCAGCUGCUGCUUUAUUCGUUGUGUUUUUGGGCCGUGAUCGUGUUCUGUGCACCCACGCCCAGUGAAUCCCGUCGCGUGAUCUUCCUGAAACCGAAUGGCAUCCAUCGCGGCCAGAUUCUGGCCACACAUGGCAUGGAGAAGGCAUGCCCCCAGUGCCACAUGAUCGAUCAUCGCGGCAAUUGCCGGCGCAUCAUUGCCUACAAUGCAGUAAAAAUGCAACUCCAUCGCCUGCUGAUCCUGACCUUUGUCGUGCUCACAAUGAUCUUGGCCCGCAGUUCGUCGACGACGGAAGCGCGGCGCCUGGUCUUCUACAGUCCACACAGCCGGACACUCACCGGACAGCUCCUCGUGUCCCGGAAACUGACACGGCCUUGUCCGGCGGGAAAAAUGAGGGACCAUCGGGAUCGGUGUCGCCGGGCCGUGAUCUUCGGACGCAGCAACUAAAAGUCCGCAAUUUGCCGGAACAAUCUCCCCGCCUAUAUUUACUCUUUUUUUUUAUUUGUUUUUUCCAAACUAGUCCGUAAGCUAACUUAUUUUAGUCGUAGUUGCGUCACAAUGUGACCGUCGAAGUAUUUAUUACAUUAUUUAUUUUGUAGCUGGUAAUAAUGAUAAGUAAUAUACUGUUGUCGCUAAAGAUAAAAAAAGAAUUACCCCAAUGUUUGCUUAAACCUAUUAUUACCACCAAUGUUUGCUUUGGCCUGAAAUAGAUAUUUAUACAAAAAGUAGAAUGACAUGGUAUUUGCAAUAAAUUGGAAUAUUUUGUGAGCCAGAGAAACGUAAGUAUUCUAGACCUGCCCAAAAAUGUAAGACAAUCAGAUAAAUUGUUGAUUAUGAAUUAACAAAACUAAAUAAUUGUCAAACAUGGCUCAAAUAUGCAAUCAAAUCCAUGCAAGAACAUAAAAAAUCAAUAUGAGCGUCAAGUUGCAUAAAUUAACAAAUAAAAAAAUAUGCAAUUA